AUGCAUGUGCUUAACGUGGGUGUUCGUCUUGCACCCCCUAGAAACGCGACACUCAGAAAUGUUGUAUUAUGCGCGCGCUUCAAACAAUUAAUUGCCGAAAAGGCAGCUACAUGCAUAUCACCGACUUCCAAUACUUAUGUUAUACAGUUCCCAGCAGGAUUAAACUGUACAUUUGGCAAAAGUAAGGCUGAUUUCUAUGGAAAUUUUACUGUCACGGAGACAAUCCAGGAACCACUAGAGUUAAUAGUUAUUACGAAUCGGUGCAAUCUGAACAUGAGAACAUGCGAGACGUUCAACAAGUUAACACUUACUCGCAUCUGUUCAUACAUUAACGACGAUAAAGGAAUUUUCGCAUCUUUUUUAAAAAGUUUGGAGCCGGACUUUCGUUGUCCAAUAAAACCAGGGGUGUACUUCUUUAAAAAUUCUACUAUAGACCUAUCAAUUUUUACAAUGUUUCCACUGGAAGGAUACCGAUGGCAAAGCAGCAUAAAACUCAUUUCGAAGAGUGCGUCAAAAAAAGAAAUAUAUUGUCUGAAUUCCCAAGCUUCUAUGAUUUGGGUAAGAAAACCCUGA